UGAAACCAAACUUUAAGAGGACUAACGUGAAAAUUUAACCAGUUAAGACCACCUGAGUCCUACUCACACAUUGAAAUUAUUUCCUUAAACAGCACAAAAAAUUAAUUUGGUUUAGAAAAACUCACAGACAGAUGUGCUUUGCCUCUGCUGCAUGCGUUCCAUUUCCCCCCUCUCUUUAUGUUAGUGGGUUUUGCCCUUCCGUUUUCUUUUGGGUUUCAAAGUAAAACUGCUAUUCUUGUUGUUUGUGUGCGCAAGUGCUGUGAGAAAUAGGAAAUGGGUGCCGUUGCUCGUGCUUCCGUCUCAGAGGAGGAGGAGGAGGAGGAACUCAACAAAGUACUUUUUGAAGCUGGGAAUGAGCUGCUUCAUCAACCCCCUUCUUCUAAAGAGGAGCUUCUCGAGAAACUUGAUAAUUUAGAGCAUCUUUUGUCAAUGGUGAAGCAAAUUCCCCCCGCAUCAACGCGAGAUGCUUUUCAGCCUGCUAUGAGAGCACUAGUUGCAGAUGGACUUCUACGGUAUCCUGACAUAGAUGUGAAGGUGUCAGUUGCAUCUUGCAUGAGUGAGAUCAUGAGAAUUACAGCUCCAGAUCAACCGUAUGAUGAUGGCAGACUUAAGGACUUUUUUGAGCUUGCAAUGUUGGCAUUUGGGAAAUUGUCUUGCUUGGAUGGUCGCUGUUAUUCAAAGGCAGUGUCUAUUAUUGAAGUUCUUGCGAAGUACCGAACGUGCGUGCUUAUGUGGGAUCUCGAACUAGAUGCAUUGGUUGUUCAGAUGUUUCAACAUUUUCUGAAUAGUAUAAGACCGGACCACCCUGAUCAAGUAUUCAUGGACAUCGAGGAAAUAAUGAGCAUGAUGAUUAAAGAGAGUGAAGAAAUUCCAAUGCACCUUCUAAACAUCCUCAUAACUUGUGUUAAGAAGGAAAACCAGAAUGUUUCACCACGUUCCUAUGUGCUGGGAGAGAAAGUUCUUCAAGAAAGUGCUGGCAAACUUCAUCCAUAUCUUGUAAAUGCAGUGAGGUCCCUCGGCAUUUCCACUAACAACUAUUCGGAAGUUGUGGAAUUAAUAUGGAGUCAGGCAAUUAGAAGUAAAACUACGGGAGAAAGUGAUCAAUUUGUGAAUGGAGCAUUGAAAUCACAGGUGGAAAAUGUUUCUGAAGUUGCUUGCUUUGACGAUGGAAAUCACAACUUGCUAGGGAAAGAUGAUCCCAAGCAUAAGGACGAUGACAUCGUUCUAGAGAAGGAUCCAACUUUAAAAGAAUCAGUAUGUGGAGAUGCAAUGAAGCAGCAGAAAAGUACCGAUUCAAGGGCCACUUCGCUACCAGAAAACUUGGGUUUCAUAAAUGCAGCCGAAAAAGAACUAGAUCCAGAAGCUACUCAAGCUUCAAAGAAAAGAGGUUGGAAACCUAAUUUUUUGAAUAAACCAGAGGAAGGAUAUGAUCAUGCUUGGGUAGGUGGAGAACGGAGAUCAAAAGCCCGUAUUCUCUUGAAGGGUUGUGGGGAAGAUACUAAAAAGCGAAGUAGCUGUUCACCUAAAUGUGCAAUCUCCAAAGGAUUGUAUUCUUCAACUGUUGAGGAGAAGACUCCAAUAAUGAUGUCUAUAAAGAGACAUCAUAAGGAGAAAAAUGGCAACAUAGGUCAGAAUGAUGGUGCACAAUUUUCAUCAAUUUCAGCAAGAGAUGCACCAGUAGUAACCAAGAAGAAAGUCUCACAAUCUACAUUAGUUGCUUCAGAAGAAUUUGCUGUUGUGGAGGCAUUAGAAGAGAAACAAGAAAAAGAAGACAAGAAAAAUGUACCUGCCGGAUGUCGUGAUAAAAGACGGCGGUUAUCAGUUGAUGAAUCAGGAGCUGAGGCAUUGGGCACUGUCUUAUCAAUUACCAAAGAAAGCCACAAUGCCAAAACCUUUAAGGAACAACGUAAAAGGAAGAGUUCUCCAUCACAAGAAAAGGCAUUGGGUUCUGCUUCAAACACCAAAGAAAGUAACUUUCCCCAAACCUCUAAAGAACAACUAAAAAGAAAGAACUCUCCCUCACAAGAAGAGGCAAUGGGUUCUGUUUCAAUUACCAAGAAAAGCAGCCUCCCCAAAACCUCAAAAAAACAACGUAAAAGGAAGAACUCCCUAUCACACGAAGAGGAAUCUGCGGAUAAGGUUGUCAGAAAGCAUGGCAAGGAGCUGGUUGGCUGCAGCGUAAGGGUUUGGUGGCCACUUGAUCAAGUGUUCUAUGAAGGUUAUAUCGCUUCAUACGACCCUUCACAGAAGAAGCACAAGGUUAUCUAUGGAGAUGGUGAGCAAGAAAUGCUAAAUCUUAUAAAGGAACGCUGGGAACUAGUUGUUGAUGACAAUGCAUCAGAUCCUAUACAAGAGAUUGUACCUGGUCCAAGUGAUUUGUCUGACAUGCGUCUUGGUUGCAUUAUUGAUUCACAUCGCCAUAUAAGAAAAAAGAAGAAGGUUUUGAACGUUCACGAUGAUAUGCCCGUGCUAACUCCUGCUACUGAAAGAAGGAAGAUCGUUUGCAGCAAAGCAAAGUUAUAUAGGGGGAAAGCAACUGAUGAUCCGACGGCGACUUCAACAAUGACUAUGCAGCAUAAUUUAACUCCAAAAGGAGUGCACCAAAAUAAAGGGAUCAAGGUUGAAGGUUCAGAAUCUGGGGUAGAGGGAAAGCCGAUGAGGUUGAUAACACCUAUAAAGGUGUCCCGCAAAGAUGGUGAUGUAUGCAGUGAACUGGUGGAUGUGCAUGGCUAUAAAGUAAAAGUGAGCAGUGCUCCGAUACUUGCUGCCAUUUUUGCCAAGUAUGGUGACAUUGCAGUCAACUGUCACUCUAAAUCGCCGACUGCCAGAGCUUCACUUCUUGACGCGGUUAGUGAUGUUGUCAGGCGGCUGAAGACCAGUGAUGUUAGUUUUUCUUCCAUUAAAGCUAUGAAAUCUGUAAUCUCUAAUGCCGCGGAUGCCAAGCUUGAUGUAACUUGGCUGCAGCAGUAUCUGAAUGAGAUUUCUGAAGAGGAAGAUAUGGAGAAAAAGUCUUCCUAUCUAAUGGCGUUAAGAGAGACUACCCUGCUUGUCUCUAAAGCAGCUAAAAAGGACUUGGUAGAAAGGAACAGGGAGGUCUUGGCAGCAGAGAAACGGCUCAAAAAGGCUGAAAGGCGUUUGCAAGAGGCCCAAAGGCGAGCAGGAAAGGUAGAAAGUUCUGUCAAAGUACUUGAAAUACUGGGUGAAAAAGUUCAACAGGACAUCAAGGAGGCUAGGGAUCAAGCACAAUACUGGGUGAAUAGGUUGAGUGAGCUUCUGUAGCCCACAGCUGUUUUAUUCCUACUACUUUCUCGGAACUCUAUGACGGCUAUCUACAUAUCUUAUUUAUGUCAAAGACAUUUUAAAAAUUGUGAUUGAUCGAUCAUCUAGGCAAUCACGCAUGGUUGAAUCUUGUUUUGAACAUUAUGGUAACAUUGGACUCUUUCUGUGAACUUUAGCAUUUUGUGCAGUAUCGAGUUUGUAGCAAAAACUAAUCUCAACAUUACUAAUACAUUGUAUUCAGUACUAUUUUUAUACGCUAUCAAACGACAUGCAACUAUAUGCUGUUGUCCAGUGGGUUCA